GGUGCAGGAUAGGAAACCCCUCCUCCAAAACGGACGGUUGUCAGGACAACACAAUGCGCUGGAUCGCUACAAUGUUUCUGCUUUGACUCGUGAAUUCUGAAUAGCUAGACAACAGGCAGAGUAAUGUCUGAUUUAGCUAAAGAAAAGGCAGCUCGUCUUCUGAAGAAGAGAGGUAGUGUGUCAUCCCUUGGCAGCCAUGAUGUCAGAGCCAAGGAAACAGGGGGCAAGAUCAAGGAUUCUAUAAGCACCGUAUCCUAUAUCGAUGAGCCUGGUCACCAUGACGAUAACCCUCGACCCGCAGUACAGAUGGAGAACACCUUCCAAUUGGCACCACAUAGACGCUUCCCUGUUCUCACGGUCAAUGACAUCCUGAAGGAUGUGCUCGCCAGUUACCUGCAAGAAGAGAAGUAUGAAGCUGAGCUCUGUCGGCAGAUGACAAAGACCAUAUCUGAGGUGAUCAAAGCCAGGGUGAAGGAUCUGAUGGUUCCUCGUUAUAAGAUCAUUGUUCUGAUCAGCAUCGGACAGCUCAGUGACCAGAACAUGCGUAUCGGGAGCCGCUGCCUGUGGGACUCCUCCAACGACACCUUCUCCUCACACUCCUUCAAGAACAGCUCUCUCUUCGCCGUGGCCAACGUCUACGCUGUUUACUUUGAGUGAGUCAUCGCCCAUGGUCACAGAUGACUGUCUUGGACUGUGGGUACUCAAGUCCUAUAUAGUCUUAUGUAGUCCGUCAUAAGGGCUACAUAACAGUGUUAUAAGCAUGACAUAAUAGAUUUGAUAAAUCACGACUGUUGGUGUCAGUUUAUGACAACUGUGAUGACACAAAUAAUGUUUCGAUCAGCUAAUUGGGCAGGCUUAAAGCUAGCCAACUGGCUUGUGUCGUGACAGUGUUAAGUCGAUUGCCAUAAAGUGACACCCGGCUGUAAUGUCAUUGUCACGACAGUCUUAUGUAACCCCUAUGACCGAGCUUUCAAGUAAAGUGUACCAAAUGACCUAUGUUCUAUUUCUGUAUUCGUAGCAUAGACUGUGGGUAUUCUAAAAUUGUCUAUCAUGUGUAUGAUGUUAAUUUGCAUAUCAUGGAGAACGGUUGUGUGGAAGUGCUGGGAAACCUUCAAAUGAAGGUCAUGCCUAGAGCAUUGUGGUUUUAUCAAACAUACGUAUCAAGGAAGUAUCGGAGGCAAUAAGAAUAUAGUCUCAGGUAAAAGGAAAUAAGUUCAUACCAUAGUCUGAAUAUCUUUCUGGAAAUUAUUCAUUUUGGUUACAUAUGUUCUUGUCUGUGUAAUAAUGUACAAAUACUGUAUAAUACAGCAUUUCCUGAUCAUUUAAAUCUCAAAUAGCUUUUGCAAUCACUGUGGCACAUCGUCACACACUGUCUUGUCUUCUAGCAUAUUUUGAAUAUUGUUCUCAGAUUUUAUAAAGAGCAUGUUUUAUAUUUUUAAGAAACUUAGACUAAAGAAAUAGUCUAAGUUUCAUCCUGAGAGGCAAAGUCUGUUCAAUUCUCAUAUAGACCUCAUUCAGUGGAAAUGUUAUUGAACUGAUGACUCAUAUGGGUUUUCAGUCUCAUAACUUGAUGAAAUAAUUUGCUGGUCUUGUCAUAACUUGCUGAAUAGAUUAUUGAUUUUGUACAGUUGUCCAGUCAAAUGUCUACUUGCUGAAUGUAACCCAUUCGCUUUGGUUAGCUAAAAUGGUCCAUUGUACAACAUAUAUUGCCUCUUGUUGGAUUAAUAAAAGUCAGGUCAACCAUAAUAAAGAAAUCUGAGGAGAUAUCACCAUGG